UAUUAUAGUUUGAAAUAUCCACUUAUUGAUAUAAACAUUUCUUCGGGCCUAGACUCCUAUAAUCAAAGUGAAGAUUUUAAUAUAAAAGCUACAGAUACAUUUUUUUUUUAUAUAACUACCGCUUAUCGUAAUCGUUUAUAAAGUGGUUGUUUUCCUAGAAAUGUAUUUUUUUACUAAAUUAAAGUGGAUAUUGAUAUUUUGUAGAUAACGUUAAUCAGUUGAAACUUAACCCAUAUAUAUAAAGUUAAACGUAAACGUUUGUUGAUGAUUCCGAAUAAUAUAUCUUUUAUUUGCAAAGUACAGCGCCUUAUAUUAAACAGUUGAGAACUUUUUAUAAUAAAUUUUUUAACGAAUUUCUAGUACUAAACGAAAUGUUUUUUUUUUUUAUUUUUUAACCAACACGUUUUAAUUAAAACAGUAACAUAAUACGUUAAUGCCGAGGUUACAAUAUGGCAAUUCACAUUUAAAAUAUUAACUUAAGAAUUACAACUAUUUCUUUAUUAAAUUAAAUAAUUGUAUAUUUUAUAAUUGUAGAAAUAGAAUUAUCCAUGUAAAAUAAUUUAUGUUAAUUAAAACACGAUAUUUUCGUAUUACCAUUUCAGAUUUGAUGAGAUUGUAAUUAGCAUUUGUUUAAAACGGCGAUGAAUCAAUUAGAAAUGACGUUUUAUCCUUGUACUUCUCUCAAAAAUAUGGCAACCACAUGGAAAUUAUUCAUAGCAUUAAUAAAAUAUGUUAUCAGAUUUCACUAUUAAACUACGAUUUUUGUUUUAACGAAGGAAUAUCGAUAAUCACUAAACGACGGUCAUUAAUUUCCUCCAACACUUUAAAAAAAUGUUCUAAAUCGUCCUUCGCGAAUAGACUCGUAACGUAAAGACUGGUAAUACAAUUCAGCGUAUUGGCUUACAACAUUCAUUAAUUUUCUAUAUUUGCGUAACAUAAUACGGUAGCUUCGUCCUAUUAUUAUUAUUAUUAUUUUUAGCAUGAGAAAAUUCCGUAGUGGUACUAAUCAAUCAAAUAUUUAUCCUAAUUGGGAAAUUGCCGAUUGAACAAAGGCGACGUUUUAUGUACAAAAGCUUCCUUGUUAAGAGAGAAUCGAUGAAAAUAAACAAUUGGAGUUGAAACUAUACAGAAAUCAUGCGUGGUCUCCCAGAUUUGACCCCUCUCGUAAUUCGACACCAAAGAUCUCACCAGUGUUCGUAGUUCUUUCGAUGAUGAUGAUUUCCAGCGAAAUUUAAGGUCGCCUUUUGCUCGGAAUCGACGACCUUUUUAGAAUCACUCGUGGUCGGAGGUAAGUAAAAGUAAAUCAAAUGCCAGCAAUCCGAGGUAAGAAUUAUUUUUUCCUCUCUUUGUAAGACACUAAGUUCGUUUGUGCCUUCAACUUUUAUCAAUCUUAAAAAAAGACGUAGCAUUAAAAUUAACAAGAGGUUAAUAAUAUAUAUCCGGUAUUAUUUUAUCUUUGAAUUGGUAUAACAAAAUUCUCAAUCUGUCUUUUUUUUCCCCCCAUUUAAUAGGAGCUAUUGAUUCGACAUUCACCCCAAUUUAGACCGACUUAAGUCAUUGAAGACACAACAGAAGAAAACGUGAAGCCCAAGAUGGUUUGUACUUAUGUGGACCGGGCGGUCUCCGGAGCAUUCGGCAAAACCGGGAGUUUCGUCGGCAGACAUCCUUGGUAUUUCGUUUUGCUUCCUCUGGGAUUAUCCGUUCUACUGGCCACGGGUUUCCUCCGAAUCAACGUGGUAAUCGGUAUCGAACAUCUGUACGCUCCCGUCGACGGAAGAACCCUGGACGAUAAACUGCUGGCCACCGAGCUUUUCCCCAUGAACGUCUCUUCUAAUUUCGAUUUGGGCCGAAUGACGAGGACGGCGAAAUUCCUCAUCGUGUUGAUCACCGCAAAAAAUGGCGGCAACGUCCUGACGAAACCCGUAAUGGAGGAAUGCGUCCUGUUGGAUAAGGCUAUUCGAGCUCUGUCCGUACCAGCGGAUGGAAAAAACUUGACUUACGAAGACGUCUGCUCUACGAAGAGAGGGAGAUGCGUUAAAAACGACCCCGGAAUAUUGGCCGAAAGCAUAGACGAGGUGCUUCGAGGAAAAAAGAAGAUCAAAUACCCAAUUUACAUCGACGAAAGAACUUACAGUUUCGUUUUUUAUGGCACCAUAUUGGGAGGCGUCGAAUUAGAUUUCGAAGACAACGUAAAAUCGGCCGAAGCCUUUCGUUUCCUAUAUUAUUUAGACGACGGCGACGGCGAAAGAAAUAGACUGUCGACGUUGUGGGAUGCGAAAGCGGUCGAAUAUUUGGAAACUCAUUCGGGCGAAAAUAUCGACGUCAAGUGGUUUUCCAGAUGGUCUUACAGCAGAGAACUGAAGAAAGUCACCAGAUCGACCGCUAAGCUGCUGGUCGUCGUCUUGGUGUUGGUCGUCGUUUUCAACUUUUUCCUAUUUAUGAACAAGAGAUGGACUCGAAGCAAACCGUGGUUAAGUGUGGCCGCCGUCUUCUGCGUGUUGUUGUCUAUCGCCGCGGCCUGGGGACUGUGCGUUUAUUGCGGAGUGGAAUUCACCAGUGUGGUCGUCUUCGAUUUUUUCUUGACCAUGGGUCUCGCAACGAAAGACACGGCCGUGUUGAUAUCGGCUUGGAGAAGAACCGAAGCCACCGAAACUGUGGAUAAAAGACUGGGAAAAGCUUAUUCCGAAGUAUUCGUGUCCGUUACUAUGGUGUUUCUGAUAUCUUUAAUUUGCUUCUUAGUAGGAUUGGCGGCUCCGUUUCGGGCCGCGAAAAUAUUUUGUACUUACGCCGCUGUGACCAGCCUCUUUUUCUUCUUGUACGAAAUUACGUUUUUGGGAGGAUGCUUGGCUCUCAGCGGAUACAGAGAGAGGAAGAAACUACAUCCUCUGAUUUGCGUCACCGUCACGUCAAAAAAAUCUAACAGAGAUGGAAGAUGCUCUCUCUUCUGUUGCACGGAAAACGGAGAAUGCGGAACACCCGAAGAAGAUUUCUUUAUUUCCUUUCGUGUAUGGGAGAAAUAUGUAUAUUUCGUACAAAAACCCCUGAGUAAAAUUGUAGUUUUUCUCUUGUACGCUGCCUAUUUGGGUGUCGCUAUCUGGCAGUGCACGAAAUUACGAGUGGCGUCGGGAAUCACCGAUCCCUUUCCUUCGGAUUCUUACAUUACGACUUACUACGAACGUCAUUAUAAAUAUUACACCGCUUAUCCUCACAGAGUGCAAGUAAUAAUAGACACUCCGUUGAACUAUUCGGAUCCCGUAACUCAGAAUAAAAUAGAAGAAGUUAUGCAAAGCUUUGAAAAUUCUACUUACGCCACGGGCGCCGUGUCGUCCUGUUGGCUGAAGAUCUUCUUAAGUAUAGUCAAUAAUCCCAAGAAAAAUUGGUUGUUCAGAAGUUACGAUUUUUCUCUGGAGGAAGAAUUUAUCUUCGUACUAAAAAACGUGUUUUUCAAAUUGCCCAUGACUGCGGAUAUAGCGACCGAUGUCGUUUUUAACGAAGAGGAGACUCAAAUUUUGGCAAGUAGAUGUUUUUUUCAGACCCGUAAUAUUAACGAUGCCGAAAGCGAAAAAAUGAUGUUGGAAGACUUUUAUAGGAUCGCCGACGACUCUCCCAUCCCCGUUCGAUUUACCAGCAUGCUAUUUCGCAUGUACGAACUGGCAACUAUCAUACGACAACUAGUCUUAUGGAUGCUACCUAUAAGUUUCUGUGUCGUUCUAAUAGUGUUUUCCCUCUUCAUUCCUAACAUUCCUUGCAUAUUAUUAGGUUCUCUUUCCGUCACGUCCAUUCAGAUAGGCGUUUUAGGUUUCUCCAACCUUUGGGGAGUUAAAAUCAAUUCUUUCUAUUCGAUAAUAUUUGUCAUGUUAGUGGGAUUGUUAUCUAGUUAUCUCUGCCAUUUAUCUUACGGUUUUUCUGCCUCGGACAAAAAUCCUAAACACAGAAUGAUAUUCGCUCUAAAAUCUCGAGGAACAGCCAUUAUCCAAAAUACUCUUGUUUUGAUAAUCUCACUGGCAUUUUUAUUGUUAGUCACUAAUCAGGUGUCGAUAACAUUUUACAAAAUGUUCUUUUUGGCAGUGGUUUUCGGUUACGUUCAUGUUUUGCUAGUUCUUCCCCUUCUAUAUUCCUUAAUUUUUGGAUUUCGUGGUAAUGGAAACAGAUCUUUGUCGAAUCUUUAUCAGAUGAACGAGAUAGCUGCUAAAGAUCUUCUUAAAACGUGAAAUGAUUAUUGCAUA